GCUCGCUUUUCUUUUUUGGGUGCAGUUGGCCAGUUGCUGUGACUCUGUGACCUACAUACUGUCACGCCCUUGCACUUUAUCACUCUCUCCAGAUCUGAUCUCAAAAAAUAAAAAUCAAGGUAAUUUCAAAAUCCUAGCCUUAGAUCUCCUCUUCUUCGUCGUAUUUCAAAGGUUUUUAACUUCAUUUCCUUGUAAGCUGGAAAAGAUGGGUCGUGGAGUUAGCUGUGGUGGUGGGCAGAGCUCAUUGGGCUAUCUGUUUGGGAGUGGAGAAGCUCCAAAACCAGCCACAAAUGACUCCCAAGCUGCUCCAACUGAAGCACCUGCUGUCUCAAAACCUUCUCCUGCUCCUGCUCCUGCUCCUGCUCCUCAGCCAGUAGAUAUUACCAAGCAAAUUCCUGCUGGUAUUAACAGUAUGCAUGCUGAUAGUCAGAACACUGGCAGUUUCAUUACGGAUCGACCUUCCACCAAAAUUCAUGCUGCCCCUGGAGGUGGAUCUUCUCUGGGCUACCUUUUUGGUGGGGGACCUGGGGGUAGUAAAUGAGAUUGUGUCUUCAUAUAUGAGGAAUGAAAACUUAAGUCGCAUGUGGUGUAAUAUACAGGUUUUGUGGUUGUUGUUCAGUGUAUUCAAUCAAGAGUUCUCCAGAUUAGAUGCACAAACAUCUAUUUCAGAGCUCAGUUACUAUGAAAAACAAUGUUAUAUAUGUAUAAUUCUGUCAUUUUACCUUGUCUCUCAGUCUCUUUAUCCUCAAGUUACAAGUACAAGGCUAAAAGUGUUCGAUUCUAGUAUCAUCUAGCAUGUGUCGAUUGCAUAUUUUUUGGGUUUUACAUGUGUUAAUAUGUAUUUUACGUGUGUUGAUAUGAAUCAAGUGUGACAUUGUAACAUGAAAAAUUAAGUCUAUUUAACCCUUUACUUUGGUCACUGUUGAUCAAAUUUGGACAA